CGGUCGCCGCCGACGUAGUUUCGGUAACGCUCGCCAGAGGGAUCCGUUCUCCCGUCCCGUGCCCCUGCCCCAGCCCCGGCUCUGUCUCUCCCGUUGGCGGCGGCGACCGGGGGAGCGGCGGCGCCCUUCGCCGGCGACGAGCGUCCACCAGAAUGUGUGCGUAGGGAUUGGCGAUUGGAGGACGGCAGUUGCGGGGAUGGGCUGACCAGAACCGCGACAGGAUUCGGUUUCCUUUCUCCCCGGUUACGGAUUUGCGCUUGCUUGUUCCGCAUUCGGAGAUGGACGACGACGGCAACCUCAGCAUUCGGAAUUGGGGCUUCUACGACACGAUGAAAGGCAACCUCGGCCUGCAGCUCAUGUCGUCUGUGCCGGCUGACCGUGACACAAAGUCGCUGCUCCCCACCAGUGCCUUCUUGCAGCACCAUGGGCACCACAAUGCCCCGCACCAGCUCCACUCGCACCAUUCCCGCGACUCCGGUGGUGGAGGUGGAGCCUCUGGCAGCAUGCCCACCGAGCCACAUUCUAUUCACAUGGACUUCUCGCGCAAUGAAGCUUGGUUGCACCCCUCACACCACCAACAUCCACGCGAGCAGAAGGUCCUUCAUGCUCGCCCUGUUGGGCCAGCUGGACAUGUUGGGCAUCCUGGUCAUGGUGGCCAUCCUGGACACGGUGGACAUGCAGUACAUCACCACCCUACUGGCUACGGGAUGAUGCCGGAUGCACCACACACUCUCCAGAUGAUGCAACCACAGCUUCCGUCGCAGCCGCAGGAGCCUCCUCCAUGUAAGGAGGACCACGUGCCCACUCCACCGGUUGAGGACCAUUCUGUGGUUAGGACUGAGCCACCUGUGAAGAAGAGGCAGCAGGGCCGGCAGCCUAAGUCACCGAAGCCUAAAAAGCCUAAGAAGCCUGCUGUUCCACGGGAGGAUGGGGCUGUCAAUGGUCAUGCACCCCGAGGAAGGGGACCUAGGAAGACUGUGGGGAUGGUGAUCAAUGGUAUUGAGUUGGACCUUUCAAAUAUACCAACACCAGUGUGCUCAUGCACUGGAGCUCCCCAGCAAUGCUACCGGUGGGGUGCAGGUGGCUGGCAGUCUGCAUGCUGCACAACUUCUAUUUCAACAUAUCCACUGCCAAUGAACGCAAAGCGGCGGGGCGCACGUAUUGCUGGAAGGAAGAUGAGCCAAGGUGCAUUCAAAAAGGUGCUUGAGAAGCUAGUCGGUGAAGGUUACAACCUUGCUAAUCCAAUUGACUUGAAGACCUUUUGGGCCAAGCAUGGCACAAAUAAGUUUGUAGUAAUCAGGUAAAGCAAAAGGCAUGCUAUGUUUGUCGCUUUGUAGGUUGUAGGGCUGCAGUUAGGCCUGAUUUAUUGCCCGUAUGUCUAUGUGCCAAUCUGCAGAAACUUAGGAGUAGUUUGUAGCCAUAUUCAGUUUCAUUGACUUAACUGCCAUGCCUAUCUUCAGGUUCGGAUAUCGACUCGAUAGAAGUCGGUUUGUAUCCUUAACUUUGCAAGUUGUAGUGUACAAUAACAGUCUCUAAUUUAGAUGGCAUGAAAUUUACUGCAUUAAAUGUCUGCGUGGAAGUAAUGGUAAUGACAUUAUGUGGAGGUUUUCUCUA